AACACAUCUAAUUUACAGAAUUGUAAUGAAUUUCGAUGAUGCUUCUUUAUCUUCACCUCAUACUUUUAGAGUCAAGACUCGACAACAAUUGAAAGGCAUUCAACAUUCAAUCAAAAAGUCCAAGCGAAAAUACUGUCACAUUUCUCCUGAGAUAAAGUAAUAAUUAAUUUCCCUUGUACUCGAUAAAAAGCUUAGGAUCAAAGAUGUAUUCAUAUAUUCUUAUCAAUCUACUCUAGGCUGCCAUUAUUUGUAAUUUAAAUUACUCCACUGCAAAAACCAUACUCUACACUUUGAGGCAUCGACCACCCAAGUAGGCUGGAUUCAAAUAAUAUUCAAGUAAAAGCAAGCCAAUAUUAAUGAUGAAGACCUUAAUCAAGGGAACACUCAUCAAUGAGUAUGAUUUUUAUUCACAUUUGAAUUCGAUCUGA